UAUAUUAAAGUAAGACAAUCAAAUUGAGAAUAUUCUUAACCUAGUAUUACACAAGAUACCAUUUUAAAAAAGAAAUGCAUGCCUGUUUAAACGUUUCUUUCAGAUCUGCAUAGUGAAUGCAGGUCCCCGCCCCCCACUGUAACGUUUAUGGCAUUCCAUGACUGUAGCAUAACCUUAAUAUGCCCUAUAACAAAUUAUCAAAACCCUAUGGAUAUGAUUCAACCGAUAUCACCACACAAUGCACAGCCAUUCUAAAACAUGAAAAAGAAAGUUGAGCCUCCUAUUCCAACAAUAACAGCUGUUGCUAGGAUUCCAUAAUUGGUGACUGCUGUGCCUGUGGUGAAUCACAAACUAUAUCCAGUAACUUGAGAACUAGGGAAAUUCCAGAAGAUGAUCCGACCAUGUUCAUAUCAUCUGUGCUUUAAAAGCUGGAACGUUUUGGAGAAAUUGUUGCUGGAAAAAAAGGCAGGAUGUACCUGCUGACCCAUACAGCAAUCAGUUUUUUUUGUUUUGUUUUGUUUUUCUGUCCAAGCAAUAAUGCAGUGAAGGAAAUCCAAGCAUACACACGUUCCCAGGAUGACUCUUCUUUGAGUUAUUUCUGACUUCAUCUUACAAUGAUUUAACAGGCUGCAGAGAUGCACAACAUUGACGACGUUGAAACAGAGGAGACGUUAACCUGCCUCCGAAUAACAGUUCAUCAUCCACUGUACGAAAUCAAAAACGUGUUUCAGCUGAUCAGCUUCAACAAGAAAGAGAAAUAUGUGGCAGAAGAUCCCCUAAAAAUCGGCCGCGACACAAAGUCAUGCCACGUUUCUUUGUAUGAUCUGCGAGUUUCCCGGGUCCAGUUUAGUAUUCAGGCAUUCCGACACUUCAACAGCUCAAAGUUGUUCUUUGAAAUAAAAAACCUGAGCAAAAGAGGAAAGCUGAUAGUAAAUAACACAGAGCUUGAGCACCUCAAUAAAGUUGAAUUGCCAAAAAAAGCCCUUGUGAGAUUUGCAGAAUUCCAAUUAUUGGUGGAAAAGGAAGAUGGGGAGUCAACAGAAAGUUUUGAGACAUUAUUCGAGUUGGCAAGAACACCACUAUGGCAAGAGAUUCUCUAUGCACCUUCAAUGAGCCCAGUCCCUGAAACUGGACUGACCAAUGCAAGCUCCAUUCCUCCACACUGCAGCCUUCAAACACCAGUGGAGAUGGAAGAGUGUGAACUAAACUAGUUGAGUAAUUAAGUACAAAUGUAAUUAAGUAAUUAUGGACUAAAUGUUUGCAGCUAAUACAAUUAUUUCAUAAAUCUGACCUGUUGUGCAUUUUCAUUCACAUUAUAGGUGUUAAGUAUGCAGUUUUGAAAUAGCAAAUGUGUUUUUAUUUUUAAACAUGACUACCAGCGGUUUGGUAACUCCCAAAAAGAGGACUGUGAAGGGAUGGGAUAAAUGUGACCCUCCAGGUGAAAUAACCAAGGAAGUGCAAGACAGUCUGAAAGCAAGGCUUUCAAACAGAGAUUUCCUAAACCCAGGUUAGUACCAGAUAUUAUGGUUUAAGUGAAAUUACAUGUUUCUUUCCAAACUGCACAUCUGAGACCUAUAUAGAGUUAGCAGCAUAUUUUUUGUUUAUUUUUUUUUUUUUGGGGGGGGGGGGCAGUCAUCAUUUUGUUAGCUAUAUAUAAUUACUUUAAUAUAAACAAUGCAAAAUCCUAAUGUGUCUGGAAGACUAUGUAACAUAUACCUACUAUAUUAUAGACAGCGUUUAUCCUUUUGUGUAAGGGUCUGGCAUGUCUACCGAAUACUGUAUUAUUAAUAAUUAUUUGUAGAAGUAUUGUGUGAACUGUAAUAUAACUUUUUUUCCUAUCAUUUUAUUGCUCCAAUAAGCUUUAAAUAUAAACUGUCCCACAAAAUGUGCAGGUAAUGUAUUACCAUACAUUUACUGUAAGAUUUACUCUUUAAAAAAAGUUUUAUAUUUUGAAGUGUUUUUUUUCUUUCUUCUGUAUUAAGUGUGAGGGACAGCAAUAUACAUUAGGGUCAGACACAAUGUAGGCAGUGCUCUGCUCUGCAAGCACACCUCAGACUUGACCUGAACUCCCAGCUACUCAGUCUGUUUCCUUCCUUGGGUGGAGCCUGCCAGCAUUGCUGAGUUAUAUGCUGUGUACUAGUAGCUAUAAGAAACCUGAGUCAGAUUGAUUAGUGAAAUGCAGAACUCAGUCCCCCAUUUCAGGGCUUGUGCUGCAUAUAAAUAGCUUGCUUGGUGUUUAGCAUUUAGCAAUAAGAUCUCCUUCCUGGCUGUCCUUGGUUUCAAUGUUGUCAGAAUAUCUGUUUGCGUGUAUUUCUAUGCUUUGUAUUUUUAUUUAAAAAGCAUGCAUGCUGGAUUGUUUCUCUACCGGCACCAGCAUGUAAAUAAAUACAUAAAUAAUGUA